CGUGACAGAAAUCAAACAAAUGAGCGCCGUUUUCUAAAGUCUAUGAGCGCAGCACACACAAAUAAACUAAAUUGACAUAGUGCAGUUAAAUGUGGUGAUUUUAUAUUUAUAACUUUUGAAUGCAGUUCAGCAACAUGCAUCACACGACCUGACGACCAAGAGAGCUGACAAUUGACCGUCACUUAAUUUACCAUCACCUCACGAUUGAAAAUGUGACAUUGAUUUCAUAUGACAGUUCAACAAACAAGUUAUUAAUAGUAAGUCACUUACAUUUUUGACGAAAUAAUGACUGUUUUGGUCUAUUUUAGCAGCGAAAAUAGAUCCGAUGAAUCCAAACAAAGAUCACAGCAUAGCGCAUCUCACAGCAACAAUCAAUCUUGUUUUGAAUGAUUCAGUGUUUUGAACGAAUCGAUUGAGUCAUGGAUUCAAUGACCCAUGCACAAACAUCUGCCUCAUUCUUGAUGAAUCGGCCGUUUGAACGAAUCGUUUGAAUGAACGACUCAAUGACUCGCUUAAUAAAACCGCUUUUCACCUGCAUUUGCGCUCACUAUCCACAAACCAAUCAAAUUUGUUCAAAACUCUUUUUUUUUAAAUCAGUCCAAACACAUUUUAAUUUUUAUUCAGGAGUUAUGUAUAUACACAACUAUAACUUUUUAUGAAAGUAGUUUAGUGAUAAAAAAAAUGUUAAAAAAAAAAUUUUUUCAGUUUUUUUUUCUCUCCCAUCCUGUAGUCUACUCGCGCCCCCCCGGGAGAGUGUCCGCGCCCCCCCGGGGGGGCGCGCCCCACCGGUUGAGAACCAGUGAUUUAAAGGUUUCAAUUUGCUGGAGAAUCGUCUUGGUCUCAAAUAACGAUCUUUUAUACAGAAACAGUAUUGGACAUGCGCCUUCUGUUGUGCUCAAAGUCCAUAAAGGAACAGGAAGUAUUGCAGUGUUUCUGUGUGGGUGCAAGUAUUCUACGAAAUAUGAGACCAGCAAAAGUUCAAAAAGUAUGUACAUCUAAUUUAUCAGAAGAGCAAAAACAGCAACUCUAUGCUUUGAUGGGGUAUGCUGAACUGACUCCUCUCUACAAAGCUUCUGUUCAUGGAUAUGAUGCUUCAGCCUUCCACCAGCGCUGUGACCGUCAGGGACCAACUUUACUUGUAGCUUACAAUAAUUCAGGCUACGUCUUUGGAGGAUAUACUAGUGUAGAUUAUACUCAAAGUGGACAGUACGUUACAGAUGAGGAGGCUUUUCUGUUCAGCUUUAAAGACAAGACUUUUGUGAGCACCAAAGUUAACCGUGGACAUCACGCACGUCACGAUGAUUCUGGAGUGCCCAACUUCGAUCACUUGUACUUUUGCUAUAAUAACCAGCCACGUGUGCAUAACCAAGGCGGUCAAGCAUUCACUUAUAAUUCCGCGACAUUUUUUGGAAACGACACUAAUCUGAGAGACCUGGAGGUGUACAAAGUUGAGGAGAUCUCUCAGGACAGUGUUGAGGAAAAACCUUGGAGGAACGUUCAGUGGACAGCGGAACGAAGAGAUGAGCUUGUGAAACUGAUCAAGGACUAUAAACCCCUGGAGUCCUCCGUGAACCGGAUUCAAAUCCUAAUGAUUGGUCCUGUAGGUGCUGGAAAAUCCAGUUUCUUCAACUCCGUCAACUCCAUUUUCACCGGUCAUGUGACCAAUAAAGCCAUGGCAGGAUCUUCAAGCACCAGUCUCACCACACAGUUUCGCACAUAUCCAGUGAAAGAUGGGCGUGAGGGAAAGCCGUUACCAUUUGUGUUGUGUGACACUAUGGGACUUGAGGAGCAGUCGGGUGCAGGUCUGGAUAUUGAAGACAUCAGCAGCAUUCUCCAAGGUCUCAUUCCAGACCGAUAUAAGUUCAACCCUGUUGCACCAUUCGAACAUGAUGAGCAAAAGGCCUCCAGAUCUCUUGAGCAGAAGAUCCACUGUGUGGUGUAUGUGAUAGACGCCACCAAAAUCUCUCUCAUGUCCGUCAAACUGGAGGAAAAACUCGCUGCUAUUCGAAAAAAACUGAACUCACUUGGUGUUCCUCAGAUCGUCUUGAUGACUAAAGUAGAUGAAGCGUGUCCUCUGGUGGAGGAGGAUCUUCAAAAAGUUUACAUCAGUUCCUACAUUAAGACAAAGGUACAGGAGGUCAGCUCUCGGCUGGGUGUUCCUGUGUCUUGUGUGUUACCCGUGAAGAACUACAGUCAGGAGCUGGAGCUCAACCUCAGCUGUGAUGUUCUGCUUCUCACUGCUCUACAGCAGAUGCUGCGCUUUGCAGACGACUACUUUGAUGACAUCAGUCCGGUCGAGGCCCCUCUGCCUCAUAAAUAGAUUAUGGUUGUUUUUCCAAGCACUCAAAAUUUAUUUUCUUUUUCAUGGCAUAAUUCAGUAAAAUUGUCGGAGACAUCUUGUAACAAAUGUAUGCAAUCAAAUGUAUUGCAAACGAUCAAUAAAAAAAGUUUUUUUUACGACUUA